UCCAUGGGAUUUCCAUUCGGACCGGACCCGGUGCGAGAGGCAAGCGACCGAGACCGAAAAGAGCGAGAGGGAGAAGGGGGCUUGGAGGUGUCGGAGAUGGGGAGGGAGGUGGCGGAGAGCUGCGUUGAUGGCGUGGUCAUGGAGAUGGUGUCGGCGUACUGCAACCGCUUCUACUCCUCCCAGCCCGAGCUCGCCGCCCGCCGGAUCGAGGCCAUCGGCUUCCAGGUCGGUCACCAGCUCUCCGAAAGAUAUACAAUGGAGCGCCCUAGGUUUGCUGAUCAUCUGGAAGCCAUCAAGUUCAUCUGCAAGGAUUUCUGGUCAGAGCUAUUCAAGAAACAAAUUGAUAACUUGAAAACUAAUCACAGGGGUACUUUUGUGCUGCAAGAUAACCAGUUUCGGUGGCUUACUCGCAUAUCAAUUGAUGCAUCACCAGACAAUGUGGACGCAUCUCCGCAGGAUGACUCAUUGCCAGCUCCUAAUAACGCAGCUCAAUUCACAAGCAUGCAUCUCUACUUCCCAUGUGGAAUCAUAAGGGGGGCACUUACCAACUUAGGAAUUCCAUGUGCUGUUUCUGCUGACAUAUCCAACCUUCCUGCAUGUUCAUUUGUGGUACGUAUAAAAGCUUAAGGUAUGCUUUGUUUGGAGCAGAUAUAUGGUGGAAGGGCCGCUCCAAGGCAUUCAGAAGAACUAUAUGUCAAAGUUGUUUCCAUUUAAAUCAUUUGACUUGAAUCCAUGUAAUUUGUCUUAUUUCGUGCGAUAGAUGUUGUGGUCACAAUUAGAAACUGUCGGUCUUAUUUUCUUUAAUAUCAGCAAUAUUUUGUUUGGUUUGAAAAUUGUAACAUUGGCGUUAGAUUGAGAUGCAUAUUUUUGAGUCUAUGGAUGCAAAUACUGAACUGUAAACAGUUACGUUUCUUCUA